AUGACGGAAGACUGGGAUAGUUGUGCUGACAAUGAAAUCUACAUGCAUGAAAUAAUACGCAAAGCGAAACUGUCGAAUCGCAUUAAUAUCGUGAUAGUACUUCUUCAAUUAGUCAGUGCUUUUACAUACUGCGUAAAUGUUAUCUUGGCUGAUGUUGAUGUCACGGAUCACACAUCCGAGUUGUUAUACAUCCAUAGAAUGGAACUUCCUUUUGACGUGAACACAAAAAGAACUUACAAAAUUAUCUUAUUAACGCAAACUGUGAUUUGUAUCAUGGUCAGCAUGGGUACAGGUGUUAUAAAUUCUUUACUUGUCGUAUUGGCAAUUGGUACACCCGAUGCAGUGGAGCAGAUAGUAAGAUCUAUUUUCUUUUUCGCUGGAACAAAUCUAGAAGCGUUUGUAUUUUGCUUCCCUGGAGAAUAUCUGAACAAUAAGAGUAAAGCGAUUGGAAAUGCAGCAUAUAAUACCCCAUGGUAUAACUUGAAACCUAAGGAUAGCCGUAUCUUAUCAUUUAUAAUUCACAGUUUAUCGAAUCAUAUUUCGAUAUUGUUGGCACUCGACGGUCGCGAUGCGACGACAAAGAUAGUAAGACUUGUUCCGUUAUACAUCAUAAUAAAUAUUGAUACGUUCCUAUUUUGCUAUGCGGGAGAAUAUCUGACAAAUCAGAGUAAAACUGUUGGAUCCGCUGCAUACAAUUGUACCUGAUACGAUUUAAAAUACAGUCGUAUUCUAUUAUUCGCGAUACAGAAAUCGCAACAUCUGACGCUCACAAUUGGGAAAAUAAUGGAUCUUUUGUUACAGCGUUUCGCAAAAGUAAGAUUCGAAAUUAAAUCUCGUCAAAUGAUGUCUGCUAAUACAAUUACCCGAUCAAUCGAGAUCGGACUUCGGGUAGUCGGCAUCUGGCCAGGCACGACCUACGCGAUCAUCAGUCGAUUUUUCUGGACUACGACGAUGAUAGCCGCACAGAUCUUUCAGUAUCGCCACAUGGCGAUGCACCUUAAUUCCGAGGACAUCUCACAGCUGAUGGAUGGUCUAAGCGCGACGCUGUCAUACAGUUUGUUAUGUGUCAAGUUGAUUGUUUUCUGGACAAAACAACGAAUAUUCAACGACGUGUUAGCGAGUAUCGCGACGGACUGGAAGGAAUGCGGGGAUGCCUUGUACAGCAUGAAUAACGUGGCCAAUCUCUCGCAUCGUUUUUCCAAUUUGAUCAUCGGCUUGCACUCAACGGCCGUGCUGUUCUAUGGCAUUGGCGUCAUUGCCCUGCGCAGCGACGACGUCGUCGACGCUGCCGAUCGUGAACUUUUCCUCAAAAUGGAGUUACCCUUCGACAGUGGCACGUCGCCAAUUUACGAGGUCGUCAUGACCACGCAAUUCCUGCAUCAAAUGACGGCCGCCACUGUGAUCGGUGUGCUCAGCGCACUGCUCGUUACGCUGGUACUUCAUGUAGGUGGUCAAGUAGACAUUUUACGGGAAAAAUUAUUGGUCAUUUUACCAAAGGAAAAGAAAGCAUCUGUCUCCAUGAUUACGAUAGGCUCCUUAAUUCGAAAACAUCAAAACAUCAUCGUUUUCACUGAAAAGAUUGAGAAUCUAUACUCAUAUAUUGCACUAGCCCAAUUCAUAUCAAAUACUCUCGUUAUAUGUUGCUUGGGUUUUAUCAUCGUAAACUCGAUCGGCGCUAAUGAAGGCUCCUCUAUGUUAGUGAGAUCUCUUUUAUUUUACGUCGUCAUUAAUUUAGAAGCGUUUAUCUUCUGUUUUGCUGGCGAAUACUUAAGUAUCAAGAGCAAGACGAUCGGCGACGCAGCGUACGAGUCUCUAUGGUAUGAUUUGAGUCCCAGCGAAAAUCGAAUCCUUCUAUUCCUGAUAAUGAGGUCACAAAAACAACUGACUAUCACCGUUGGCAAGUUCAUGAAUCUCUCUUUGCAACAAUUCGCGAAUAUCAUUAAAUCGUCAGCAUCAUAUGUCUCUGUGCUGCACGCGUUGUAA